AUGGUAGACAAUAUCGAUAAUAGAGAUUAUGACAAUCUUGGUCCCGAUAUAGUGGUGUCGUCUCCCUUACGGCAGAGUGUAUAUAUUAACAACAUACAAUCCGCGAUGGCAUUAAAAAAACAAUUACAAGAACAACUAAAUGAAAACGCAAAUAAGAUUCAAAUGACUGCAGAACUGGGCGCCGCACUUGUAAAGCAACAAACCGAAUUGGAAAGUCAAAUACAAGAUCUGGAUAAAACUCACGGAGACGAAGUUCCUCAAGAAUUAAAAAAUAAAUUAAUAGAUCUUGAAAAAACUGCAAGAACUUUAGACGCAAAUGCUGCAAAAGUAUUUCUAGGCACUAAAGGACUUACUGAAAUAGAUCCAGAUGAGAAUAGUUUAAACGUAACACCUGCCACAACACCCGCUGUAGCAGGAUCAAAACUUUCAAGACGUGAACGUAACAAUGCAAAGGGUCGACAAAAGGAUAUAGAAUUUGCGACUGAAAUAGGGCAAGGCUUGUUGAUAGAAGUCAGACGUUUACAGGCUUUACUCCAAGAAAAAGAUGAGCGAAUAAAAGAACUUGAGAUUGACAAAUCCGAGUUAGAACGUACUAUUGAACAACUUAACAAAACAAUAAGAACAAAUAAAGAAUCUGAAGAACGGUUAAAUGAACAAAUUUGGACACUUGAACUUACAAGACAGGAGCUUAGUAAUCAAAUAGAGGAACUUCAGCAACAACUUGUCAGAGCUCGUAUUGACUAUACAAAAAUCGAAAAGGCUCUUUCAACUGCAACUGAUGUUAUCGAACAACUUAAAGAUAAAGAAGAGAAAUUGACAAUAAAUGUUGAGAAUUUGAGGGCUCGUCAUGAACAAGACAUGGCAAAUAAUCGUAGACAUAUCGCUGCACUUAACCGAGAGAAAACUGAUCUCUCAAAAACCAUUGAAGAUUUAGAAUCUCAAUUGGAAUGUUUAGUAAACGCUUCCAGAAUUAAGAAAAAGCCAGGUGUCGCUUCAAAUGAUUUAUAUUAUGACGAAAAUGGACAAGUUAUCAACGAUUUAAACGGAACGCAUCCGGGGAUUCCUAUAGCAUUACAGAACAAGAAUUUGAAUGUUGAAGUUGAAACCUUGAAAGCACUUAAUGCUGCAAAUCGUAUGAUUGGUAAUCUUCGUGCUAAUCUUCAAAAAGAAAAGAGUGAAAAAUAUGAAUUAAGGAAACUUUUGGCCGAUAGUCAAGAACAAAUAGAAGCAAUACGUAAUGCGGAAUUUGAUGUCCCCGUUCCUAACAAACGAAGAAUUCAACAAAAUCAAUCGAACAUGGGGCUCUCUAAUAUUAUUGAAAAUACAGAACUUUCUAGGGACGAUGAAUUUGGUGAAGACUAUCAACAUAGAGAUGGUUACUCUAGCGAAGAAUAUACAAUUUAUAGCGAAGAAGAUAUCAUAAAUAAAAGUACUCGUCCAUCAUCGGAUUGGUUCAACACUCGUAGAUCAAACACCUUAUCUAGAAGUUCUAGAACUAGUCGAAUCUCUAGUCAAGCAUCUUCUUUAUUCCAGAAGCGAUCUAGAGCUGAUGAAAGUAUCUCUGAUGUCGAAGAAGAAGAAAACGAAGACAUGAUUGAAACGAAAAUAUCUGAAGCUCCUAAGAUCGACAAAGAUAUUUCUUGUAAAGAUGAAGAAGAUACAGUUAAGGCACAAAGAGCUGAAGCGCUUCGGAAAUUGGACGAAAACAGUUCGACUAGGUCUCGAAUUUCUGUUAAUAUUAAUAAACCUGAAACUCUUGAAGAUAUCUUCGGUAAUUAUCGCAGAGAGUCGAUUGCUCAAAGAAAUGAAGACGAAGAUGCCAGCACGAAUAGAGAUAGUAAAGUUGAAAGCGUUGUUCAUAGAAGCGAUAUAGAAAAUUCAACAUAUGAAAAUACAGAAUAUAGUGAUGAACCUAAAACACCAAAAGAUGAAAAAAUAGACACAUAUACUUCUGAGCAAGGUGAAAUAAUUUUGAAUAUAGAAAGAGAUGAUGAUGAUGAUGCUUCAUCAGCUGAUUCAUUUGCUUCAGCAAACGAAACAAACGUUGAUUCCAAAAGAGAAUCAUCGUCAUCCAAAAGGGAUUCCAAGAGAGGAUCCGAUAUAUCCAAAAGGGACUCCAAGAGAGGAUCAGACUUAUUUAAAAGUGAUUUCAAACGUGUUUCAAGACACGAUGUUUCUGUAUCGACCUCUGGAGAGCCUAUUGCACCUAUCAAGACAUUUAAGGAUGCUGAAGUACAAACAGAGCCAACAGAACCAUCAGAACCGGAAUUGCAACGAAAUUAUUCUAUUUCCAGCAAAUUUACGUUUGGAAAUAGAGAGACAAUGGUUUUUGAAAAUGUUAUACAUAACCCAAAUGAAGACAGUACUUCCACGCACCAGUCAGCUUUAUAUAUACCUGACAACAAUAACAUUGAUAAAAGAUUUACUCUUGACCUGAGUUCAUCAUUGAAUAACCAAAGAGAUAAUAAACCUUCUGCUGACACCAAUAAAAAUGUUGAAGUGAUCGAUUCUCGGAUUAACUCAGAUGAUCGACCUCAUAGCGCCUUGCAAAGUUCGUAUAAACAUCAAGUCAAUAGUUUAGAUCCUCCUCCACGCCCUACGUCUGAACCACUACAAGCACCAAUAACACAUAUGCAACGUCCUACAUACGUAGAUUUUGGUCAACAGGCCGGAACACCAAAAGUUCCUCAUCCUCUUAACGCUCAGGGACAUAGAGGUUCGACUGAUUCAACUAAUCUUGCCAGAGGUGUUAAUGAUAACAGCAUAAAAGAUACAAACUCUGUAACAACUCGUCAUCGUCAUACAACUAGUUCAGAUUCAAUCUCAUCUGUAAGCAGUAAUUCGUCUUCAAUUGAACCAGUUAGCCACCAAUCAGACUCAUCUUAUGUAGAACCCAGUGGACCAAUGCCCGGACGAUCUGGAACUGAUCCACGCAUUAUUCAAGCAAUAACUCAAACAAUGAUUGGUGAAUACUUAUGGAAAUAUACGCGACGUAAUUUUGGAACUGGUAUUUCAGAAAAGAGGCACAAACGAUUCUUUUGGGUUCAUCCUUAUACAAAGACCUUGUAUUGGAGUAAUAAAGAUCCUGGUACUUAUGAACCCGUUGAUCCAAAGUCAAAGAGCGGAAUGUCUUAUUUUGCAUAUAUUGAAUCUGUUAAACAAGUUGUUGAUAAUAAUCCAUCACCCUCCGGUUUGCAUCAUAUGAGUCUGGUCAUUAAGACUCCAGAACGAGAAUUAAAAUUUACAGCUCCAACUAAGGAACGACACGAAUAUUGGUACCAGGCCCUAACUUAUUUGCUUCUACGACCCGACGAAACUGGCCAAAUUCCUGGACGACCUGGAAAAAUCGCGUCAGAUCCCUGGGAAAAUCAAAAUAUUCGUGACUUGCACAAUACAUCACCAAAUGGUUCAUUAAGAGGAAAUAAUCUCCGAGAGAUUAAGAAAAAAUCAAGUUUUAGCAAGCUUCAAUCAAUGUUUAGACGUCAGGAUACUUUGUCACCUCCUUCACCUCUUUCAUCCGAAUUUACUGAUGGGCAACCUGCGGUACAGGGACAUUCACACAAUGACUUGGAUCAUAAUGAAUUUGAUAAUGUGCGGCAAUGUUGUGACGGCCAACAUGAUAUUAGCAGACUUGAAC